AUGAUACAUAUUCCCGGACUCACCGAUCAAGGAAUACCGACAGAAGAGCUUGUGGAGUUUGUGGACCUGUUCCCUACACUGGUUGAGGCAGCUGGUCUGCCGUCUCUUCACGUCUGUCCUGAAGAUUCCUCCAAGGUGGACGUGUGCGCAAAAGGACAGAGCUUCCUCCCUUUGAUCGAGCAGCCCAAAACUGAUAAUUGGAAGAAGGCUGCCUUUUCCCAAUAUCCAAGACACUCCCAUGGUCGCCACAAGCUGAUGGGUUACUCGAUGACGACCGGUCGUUAUCGCUAUACCGAGUGGGUCGGAUUUGAUGCUACUCAUUACAAACCCAAGUGGUCAGUGUCUUCUGGUGCGGAGCUGUACGACCAUUAUCAGGAUCCACAAGAGAACAUCAACUUGGUUCAUGACCCUGCCCACAAAGACCUGGUGGUCAAGCUCAGCCAUCGUCUUCACGCAGGAUGGAGGCAUGAGUUGACAACUCAACAUGUACCGUCUAUUAUUGGGUAA